AUGGCGAUCACAGUACAUCCUCCUCCUCUUCCUCCUGCUAACGUUAUCAGCAGGAAGAGCGGAUCGGUUUCUCUCAGUAUCGGUGUCAGAGCUGCUGCCAACUUCGAACAAAAUAAGCAGCAGCGGCAAGAACGACAAGUCGAGCAGGGCCGGAGGAAAGAUAUCCGCACCUCUCGCCCCUCCUCUCCUUUGGGAGCCUCCGACGAGGUGGCCUCGCGCUUGGGCUACGAGAUCGCCAUUGCCAACCUCGAGCGCCUAUUCUGGCAGCAGGCCGCCACGGGAGUCCAACCGCCCGCGUCUGGGGAACCCUCCGGUCGCCCCGUCCGCGUGGCCUACCAGGGUUCCCGCGGCUCCUACUGCCAGGAGGCCGCCGCCAGGGCCUUCCCCUCCUCGGCCUGCGAGGCCUUCCCCUGCGCCCACAUGGAAGAAGCCUUCGACGUCCUCGAGGACCACUCCGCCGACCGCGCCGUGGUGCCCGCGGAGAACUCCCUCGACGGGCCCAUCGACCGCAACCUCGACCUCCUCCUCCGCCACCCGGGAAUCCGCAUCUUGGGCGAGCUCGUCCUCCCGGUCAAUCACUGCCUGCUCUCCCUCCCGGGCGUGCUCAGGUCCGGCCUCCGCCGGGUCAUCAGUCACCCGCAGGCCCUGUCCCACUGCCGCCGGAGCCUGGAGGCCCUCGGCCUCGAGGUCGACGAGGUCUCUAGUGCCACCGAUGCCGCCCGGUUCGUGGCGGAGAAUCGGGUGGCGGACACCGCGGUCAUCGGAAGCCGGAUGGCCGCCCGGGAAUUCGGCCUGCGGGUCCUGAAGCCCAACUUCCAGGACCACCACCUCGGUGGCAACCUCACCCGCUUCCUCCAGCUCGGCCUAUCUUCAGGGCACGCCCAGGCCUCUUCUUCCAUCGGAGGAGGGGCAGCGCACAAGACCACCGUGGUCUUCACUCUGGACGGAGGGGCGUCAGACCUGUUCCGGGCGAUGUGGAUCUUCGAGAGUCGAGACCUGAGGGUGACGCGCGUCGACCAUCGGCCCAACCGUGCGAAGCCGCUCCGGGUGGUUGACCGGGGCGACGACGGGCUGAGGAACGUGACGUACCUGGACUACGUCUUCGUGUUGGACGUCGAAGGCAGCGCGUCGGACCCCGUCGUGGAGGCCGCACUGGCACGCCUGAACGAGAUGGCCGUCUUCGCACGUGUGCUCGGAAGCUACACCUGCACGUACCAAGGAAUUAAUUAA